GUCGUCGUGCUUUUCUCGUUCUUCCUUCUGCUCAUUUUAAGGGAGUCACCGCUGAGUCCAUCUCCGUCCAUUCCAACAAAAGACAAAAUGGCUUACGUCGCUCCCAAGGGAAAGGCUGGUUACGAGGAGGCUGUUGAGCCCAAGAUCCACCGCAUUCGUAUUACCCUCACUAGCCGCAACGUCAAGAACCUCGAGAAGGUCUGCGCUGACUUGAUCCACCGUGCCAAGGACAAGCAGCUCAAGGUCAAGGGACCCGUCCGUCUUCCCACCAAGGUGCUCCGCAUCACCACCCGCAAAUCGCCUUGUGGUGAGGGUUCCAAGACCUGGGACCGUUACGAGAUGCGUAUCCACAAGCGUCUCAUCGAUCUCCACAGCCCCUCGGAGAUUGUCAAGCAGAUUACUUCCAUCUCCAUUGAACCCGGAGUCGAGGUUGAGGUCACCAUUCAGAACGCUUAAGCGUUAAUGCCUCUGAUGUGCUAAAUGUUGCGUAGCAUGUGUUGGAUUUAAUAUGAUCCUGUGAAGCAUCUCUCUCGGGCAUCUUUAUGAACUGCAAACGAAUUGUGUGUGUGUGGUGUCUGUGUGGAUUACUAUUGUACAAGGGCUGAGACUACGAUCGUGAGAGAUAUUCUUGAUCGAAUCGGACAACUAGCACACUCAAAUUGUCCGUCGAAAAGUUCUCCAGCGCAUAGUCCAAAAGGUCUUCCGCAGCCUGCUGCGGAUCUGUCACAUCCUUUAUCAGAUCAAUUGCAGUUUGGUCGGAACAAACGUCCCAUAUCUACAGGAAUGCGUCAGGCGUUGCUUAAUGUCGGAGGGGACCAAUCGGACUUACGCCAUCACAAGCUAAUAUCAGACAUGUGUCUUUCUCGUCUAAUAUCGUUUCUGCUGUAUACGGGCUCCCAAUAAUCCAGUCUUUCAUUGUGAUAUCUCCUAAGGAACGAGUGACCGCCAAAACACCUAAACAAUGCCCGCUAAUCAAUUGUAGGUCCCUCUAAUUGAACCAAUUUAUG